CUUAGGUUGGUUUGAUCAUGAUAAUGGGCGAGCCUUCCAUCAACUUCUGGAUGACCCUUUUGGUCCUCUCCUUGCUGAUCGUCAGCUUCCAUAGCCGAUCAAGAAUCGAAGCUGUUCCAACUUACAGCGACCAUUCUUGCCCGAACACAUCCACUUUCACCAUCAACACCCCCUACCAAUCCAACCUCAAUCACCUCUUAGCUUACCUCUCCUCCAACGCCACCCGCGACAUUGAAUUCUACAACGCUACUGCCUCCGCCACCACCACGGGCUCUGUCGAUGAUACUGUCUACGGCCUCUACCUAUGCCGCGGCGACAUGUCACCUGAUGUCUGCCGAGCCUGUGUCGCCGGCGCAACCAAAGACUUAAUAGUUCGCUGUCCAGUGGAGAAAGUUGCGGUGGGUUGGUACGAGGAGUGCAUGUUGAGAUACUCAAACCGCUAUAUCUUUUCCAGCAUGGCUUCUGACCCAUCUGAUUACAAUUGGGGCCUAUUGAAUGUGUCGGAGCCAGACCGGUUUGACCAGCUAGUGCAGGCAACAAUGAACGACUUGGCAACCAAGCUUUCAAACGUUAACACUGGAGCCAAGAAGUUUGGGACAAAAGAAGCGACUUUCACAGCGUUUGAAACGUUGUACACACUUGCCCAGUGCACUCCGGACCUGUCCGGUGCCGAUUGCUAUAGAUGUCUUAAAAUAGCCAUAGCUAGUUUGCCGAGCUGUUGUAGUGGAAAGCAAUUGGGCUUAGUUCAAAGUCCUAGUUGUAAUGUUAAGUAUGCAGUGUCCCCGUUUUAUCAGAUCCCAAAUGAACAGCUUGAUCCUGAAUCACCAAUAACACCUAAAGGAAAAGGUCAAAUCUCAUUGCAGACAAUUGUCGUUGUUGUUGCUUCGAUUUCUGUUUCUGCGAUGCUAUUUGUUACGGGCUACUGCUACCUUAGAAGGAAGCAGAAAAAAAAAUACAAUGUUAAUCAGGAAGAAAAUGUAGAGUCCUUGCAAUUUGAUUUUGCUACUAUUGAAGCAGCCACCGACAAAUUCUCUGAUGAUAACAGGUUAGGUGAAGGCGGAUUUGGUGUGGUUUACAAGGGCAUACUUUCUAAUGGACAAGAAAUAGCUGUGAAGAGGCUAUCACAAAGCUCUAGACAAGGAUCAAAGGAAUUCAAAAACGAAGUUGUAAUGGUAGCUAAGCUUCAACACAGAAAUCUUGUAAGGUUAUUGGGGUUUUGCUUGGAAAAAGAAGAAAAAAUACUUGUUUACGAAUUUGUACCCAACAAAAGCCUUGACUACUUUCUAUGUGAUCCUAAAAGACGAGAACAAUUGGGUUGGUCAACACGUUACAAGAUUAUUAAAGGCAUUGCUCGAGGAAUCCUUUAUCUUCAUGAAGAUUCUCGACUUAAAGUUAUACAUCGUGACCUUAAGGCCAGCAACAUUUUGUUAGAUCAAGACAUGAAUCCAAAAAUUUCAGAUUUUGGCAUGGCAAAGAUUUUUGGAGUUAAUCAAACUCAAGGAAACACCAACAGGAUUGUUGGCACAUUUGGCUACAUGUCUCCAGAAUAUGCUAUGUUUGGGCAAUUUUCUCUGAAAUCCGAUGUGUACAGUUUAGGGGUCCUAAUUCUAGAGAUUAUAAGCGGCCAGAAGAACAGUUCUUUUUGUCAAGAAAAUAGUACUGAAGACCUUUUAAGCUAUGCUUGGAAACAUUGGAGGGAUGAAACACCCUUGGAAUUGUUGGAUCCAACUUUGGGAGACUCUUACGCGAGAGAUGAAGUCAUCAGAAGUCUCCAUAUUGGAUUACAUUGUGUACAAGACAAUCCAGCUGACAGGCCUACUAUGGCUACAGUAGUUCUUACGCUAAACAGUGACUUUGUAACUCUGCCGCUACCUCAACGUCCAGCAUAUUUUUUUCGUAGCCGAACAGAGGACAACAAGCGUUCAAACGAGCUGGAGUCAAAUCAAUCUACAAGCAAAUCGAUCUCAUAUUCUGCCAAUGAAGCAUCAAUUACUGAAUUAUACCCUCGCUAGCGUGAGUAUAGUAAGGGUCUCUCUAGAAUUAGUAUUUGUUUGUAAGUCAUUGAAUUUGAACAGUGAGUUGCAUAUGACCAUUGCUUAAAGAUUUGAGACUUCAUGAACCGAAGAAAGCUUGCAAACCAAUAAGUAUAAUUAACCAAGACCCAAGACAAAAUGGUUAGAAGACCAAGCUGUACUUCAAUUUGUAAUUGCUGAAUACAUGCCUCAAGGCAUUACCAUUAUGACUUUCGUGAUUUGAUAUAGAAUCACACUUCUAAGGGCUUGCCAUGUUUAUCGGUUCAUUUGGCACCAACAAAAUUGGAUUUUGUUUUGGUUGUUGCUGUUGCUAAAAGUUAGAAUUU